AUGAAUGAUUUGGAUAAAGACAAUCGAAUCGAUGGUACGGAAAUAUUGAAAGCUUUAACACACUCACAUGAGGAUGACACAGGUUUGAUUUCUACAAAUUCUUCUAUGUCAGGUCCUGGCCUUCCUGUUGCAAACGAAGAUGACAUGGCUAAAAUGGUAGAUGAAGUACUAGGAGAUAUGGAUCUUAAUGGAGAUGGUUACAUCGACUACGCUGAAUACUUGAAGAAACGAGGCUAG